AUGGAGAGUGUAAUCUGCGGGAAGAAGCGUAAGAAAAGGGUCGAUGUAAUUGAGGAGCCGGAGAGACAAAAGCGCUGUAAAUCAAUUCAAAUAGAUAGGGGACGAACCAGCAGCAAGCCCUUUCUCGCCCUUUCGUCUGUCCUAGGCGAAGGCAGUGCAGGUGAAACCCCAAUAGAUCAAAUUUCUUUUAUCGCUCCACAUAGCUCACGACCCGGCACGAAUCAAUCUCUUAGAUGGGCGGAUGCGAGGAUCUAUCAACGGAGCAAUUCCAUUCAAGUCGUAGCCGUGUCUGACCCCCUCAAUCUUUCUUUCCGGAGUGAGUCAGGCGGCAAAGCCUUUAAUCCUGAUAAAAGAAAGAGCACCCUCCAAGUGCUAUUCGAGCGGAUUCAACUUCGAGCUGAUGUCACACUCGAGUACUUCGUACCGAUCCCAUCUAGGGGCAAAGGAAAGGGACAGCAUACAGUCAAUUUCCUGCCCAUACCUCUUCUCUUCGGCGCAUCAGCAUCUAUUGUUGAAGCAUAA